CAUCCAUCAAGGUAUCAGUCCAUCAAGGUGUUCUCUCAAUUCCUGUCAAUCUUACCAAUCAGAUCAAUUCCAAUUCCAUCGCUCCCAUCAUGGCUGCUCUCAACAUCCACCCUUCCAUCAACAACGGCCUCACUAAGGGCGACCCUAACUUCAAGGGUGGAAAGCUCCAAUGUCACUGCAAAUCUAGCCCCGUCGAGGUCACUCUCGGUGGCAAUGUGCUCCACAACCACGCCUGUGGCUGCUCCAAAUGCUGGAAACCUGCCGGUUCUCUGUUCUCUGUUGUAGCUGUUAUCCCUCGGGACCAGCUUAAGGUCACAGCCAAUGGUGACAAGCUCAAGAUUGUCGACUCCUCUGCCGUCAUUCAACGUAACGCCUGCAAGGACUGCGGCGUCCACCUGUUCGGUCGCAUCGAGAACGAGCACCCAUUCCAUGGCCUCGACUUCGUCCACGUCGAGCUCUCCAACGAGAAGGGUUGGCAAGAGCCCCAGUUCGCCGCAUUUGUUUCUUCCAUCAUCGAGCAAGGCUUCAAUCCCGCCCGUAUCGAUGACGUCCGAAGCAAGCUUAAAUCCACCGGCCUCGAGACUUACGACGCAUUGUCGCCUCCUCUCAUGGACGCCAUCGCCACAUGGACCGCUAAGAAGAAUGGAAAGCUUCCUCAAGAAAAGUAAAUCCGCCUCAAUCCCUGACGCCCCUCAACUUUCCGCUUCCCUAUUUCACGCACAUCCAUCUGGCCUGGAAUAGGAAACGUUGCAGUCCAGGUCAGCACAGCAAUUUUGUAAUGCUGACUGACUGUUGAAUUAGUUCUCGACUAUGAUAUCAAAUAUCGCUUCUUCUGGAUCUCGCAUUGGGUGUUAGCUAUUGGGAAGGAAAAAGAAAGAGAAGGUCACUUCUUUAAUGAUGAUAAUGUUCAAAAACGUGUGGG